CCGUGUCCCGGCCUGAUUGUCUCGGAGCCACACCACGCCGGCCAAAAGAGGGAGAGCGCUUCGAUCUGCGCCGCUGCUGCUUUUUCGGUAAACAUGCUGCACCGGCGUUCGAUGGCUCGUCCGUGGACUGGCUUCGUUGGACGAUAUUGAUUGCCCCUUUCAGGUAGCCGCUAGUCCGUUCGCAGAAUGCUGACAGCUGCCGUUUACAUAAUUUAAAUAGAUGUUACAGACUGUCCAGGAUGGACGUAAUCGCAUACAAUCAUCACCACGAGAUCGCGAGCGCCGAGUACAUCAUCGAUGGCGGUGACCUCGAGGGCCAGAACGAGGACGAAGACGAGGAGCUCCUCUCCUUCAUCGACAUCGACCAACGUGUCCUAACCGAGGGCCAUCUGUCCGCAGCGAGUGGCGACAAGAGUAGCAAGGCACCCCUCAGGAGAAGCCUGUUCUCGCACGUGGCCCCCUACAUCGUGUUCCAAUCCUUCGACUGCAAGGGACCAAUAAUGCCACACGAAGUAACGAAGUACCUCAAGUGGCAACUGAGUUCGAUCACGCCACCAAUUGUACGCCAUAUCUUGAUCAACUCAGGUUUCCAGCUGAUGAGUAUGUGCCAGGGCUGGUGCGGCACCUGGGGCAAGCAUAUGAAGUCGUCGUGCUUCAUGUCGGUGAAGGAGUCGCAGAAGAUCAACCAUUUCCCUGGCACCUUCGAGAUAGGCCGAAAGGAUUGCCUCUGGAUAAACCUCAGCAAGAUGAUGAUGAAACACGAGGUAAAGGAGUUCGAUUUCGUUCCACAGACCUACUUGCUGCCACGUGACCGCAGCUACUUCCGCCAAGUGUGGAAGUCGGUGGGUAGCAAGGCGAUGUGGAUCGUGAAGCCUCCAGCCUCUGCCAGGGGCACUGGGAUCGCAGUGGUGAACCGUUGGUCCCAGAUACCGCAGAAACGAGCCGUGAUCGUGCAACAGUACCUGUCCAGGCCUAAGCUGAUCAGUGGAGCCAAGUUCGACCUGCGUCUCUACGUGCUGGUCACGAGCUUCAACCCGUUGAAGAUCUUCAUCUACUCGGACGGGCUGGUCCGGUUCGCCUCUGUUAAAUACAACGACGACAUAAACUACCUCAGCGACCGUUUCAUGCAUCUCACCAAUUACAGCAUCAACAAGACCAACUCUACCUACACCAGCAGCGACUGCGUGAACUCCAGCACAGAGCUCAAGUGGGCUCUCAAGACUCUGUGGUCCUAUCUAGCGACGGAGGACGUGAACGUUUCCAAACUGUGGGCCAGUAUGAAGGACAUCGUCGUGAAGACUAUGAUAGCCGGCGAAUCCGCCAUCACUGCCCUAACUAGGAUAACCAAUUCGUCCAGGUACUGCUGCUACGAGUUGUUCGGCUUUGACAUCCUCUUGGACGAGAACCUCAAGCCUUGGCUGCUAGAGGUGAACAUCUCACCUUCACUGAAGACUUCCACGCCAUUGGACACGGCUGUUAAGGCGCCACUCAUGAAGGCCGUGUUUAAUAUAGCCGGAUACCAACUGCCAAAUUCGCUGCCUAUGGAAGAGACCAAGAAGCUGGCUGAGAAGUACCAGUUGGACACGGUGUGUCAGGAUUACAGGCUGCACAAGACUGCGUUGAGCUACCAGGAACGGCUCAAGCACUCUGUUUACAUUAAUCUGAGGAACAGAGACGACUACGUGGAUUCCAUUAUCAAGAGUCUGACCCCGGAUGACGUUAGACAGCUGAUCACUUACGAAGACGAGCUCACGCAGUUGGACAGGUUCGAGAAGAUCUUCCCUACGUCCACUAGCUACGAGUACCUGCAGUACUUCGAGGUGCCUAGGUACUAUAAUAUGUUGCUGGAUGCGUGGGAGACGAAGUACGCUGACAACAGGUCUGAGGGGAUCAUGAAGCUGCAGAAGCUCUGUCGACAGAAGUAUCAUUUGGAGCAGCAGACGUGUGCUGCGGAGGAAAAUUAGGGAAUGGCUAAGAGUAUGAAGCUUAUUGGGAUUUGUUGAUGUACAAAUUCUCUAUUUUUGCGAGUUAUAUUGAACAGGUGGGAUGGUAAUGAGAGACAAGAGAAACAGGAAGAUCGAUGAUCGUCCUACGUGUGUCUGUGUAAGCAAAUGGUAAUGUCCUUGGUUUCGAUUAUUGCACUUUGUGUUUCAGACUGCAAUGGAGGACACUUUAAUCACUGAUUUAUUAUUUUAAUUUUUAUUCCAAGUGUAAUUGAAAAUGUAACGUAAUCCAUUUGUCGUAAUUCGUUUGGUUUAUAUUUUGUUGACGUACGAGCAACGAGCGUGCAAAUUCAAGUGUCAAUUUUUUCGAUCACUACAUUAUUGUAAAAUUUUUUUUAAU